UCGCUGUGCCCGCCCACAGCGGCGGCUCCUGAGGCGGCGCCGGAGCGGCGGCGGCGGUGGUAGUCGCGGUCCCCGCCCAGCGCUGUCGCCGCUGUGGUGCCCGGUCCGCGCGGCGGCCGCCCAGCCCCUCGGUCCGGCGGGCGAUGGUGCGGCGGGGCGAGCGGACGCGGGCAUGACAGAGGAUGGAAGGACUGGACGAGGUGUCGGCGCGGGAGCAGCACUUCCACAGCCAAGUGCGGGAGUCCACGAUAUGUUUCCUUCUUUUUGCCAUUCUCUACAUCGUUUCCUACUUCAUCAUCACAAGAUACAAGAGGAAAUCAGAUGAACAAGAAGAUGAAGAUGCCAUAGUCAACAGGAUUUCGUUGUUUCUGUGCACGUUCACACUCGCAGUGUCCGCGGGGGCUGUGCUGCUCUUACCCUUCUCCAUCAUCAGCAACGAAAUCCUCCUUUCCUUUCCUCACAGCUACUACAUUCAGUGGCUCAAUGGCUCCCUGAUCCAUGGUCUGUGGAACCUCGCUUCUCUCUUCUCCAACCUUUGUUUGUUUGUCUUGAUGCCCUUUGCCUUUUUCUUCCUGGAAUCAGAAGGUUUUGCUGGCCUGAAAAAGGGACUCCGAGCCCGAAUCUUGGAGACGCUGGUCAUGCUCCUGCUCCUGGCGCUGCUGAUCCUGGGGAUGGUGUGGGUGGCCUCCGCGCUCGUGGACAAGGACGCGGCGAGCAGGGAGUCUCUGUACGAUCUCUGGGAGUUCUAUCUGCCCUACUUGUACUCCUGUGUAUCACUCAUGGGAUGUCUGCUGCUGCUCUUGUGCACCCCGGUCGGCCUGUCCCGCAUGUUCGCCAUCAUGGGCCAGCUGCUGGUGAAGCCGGCGAUCCUGGAGGACCUGGACGAGCAGAUGUACAUCGUUGCCCUCGAGGAGGAGGCGCUGCAGAGACGGCUCAUCGGACUGUCUUCAUCCGUGGACUACAAUGUAAUGGAGCUGGAACAAGAACUUGAAAAUGUAAAGAUUUUUAAGACAAAAUUAGAGAGGCGAAAGAAGGCAUCGGCUUGGGAAAGAAAUUUGGUGUAUCCUGCGGUUAUGGUUCUCCUUCUCAUUGAGACGUCCAUCUCGGUCAUCCUGGUGGCUUGUAAUAUCCUUUGCCUGUUGGUUGAUGAAACAGCAAUGCCAAAGGGAACGAGGGGGCCUGGGAUAGGAAAUGCCUCGCUCUCUGCUUUUGGUUUUGUGGGAGCGGCACUUGAAAUCAUUUUGAUUUUCUAUCUGAUGGUGUCCUCUGUCGUCGGUUUCUAUAGCCUCCGCUUUUUUGGAGACUUUAUUCCCAAGAAGGAUGACACGACCAUGACAAAGAUCAUCGGGAACUGCGUGUCGCUCCUGGUCCUGAGCUCAGCUCUGCCUGUGAUGUCCAGAACCCUGGGAAUCACUAGAUUCGAUCUUCUGGGAGACUUCGGAAGGUUUAACUGGCUGGGAAAUUUCUACAUCGUGUUAUCCUACAAUCUGCUUUUCGCUGUGGUGACCACACUGUGUCUGGUCAGAAAAUUCACCUCCGCGGUCCGGGAAGAGCUCCUCAAGGCCCUAGGGCUCCACAAGCUGCACUUAUCCAGGGCGCCCCGGGAGUCGGACGCCGCCAAGCCGUCCGCCAACGGGCACCAGAAGGUCCUGUGAGCCGCUCACACAGCGCAGACGCCGAGUGGCUCGGACAUUCCGUCCCACACUCACGUUCUAAUGUCUCCUGGGAACCUGCGGGGCGUGGGUGCCAGCCCACACCCACGCCUGCUCCGUGGGGACGGCCACCAGGAGGCAGCCAGAAAGCUAGGGCCUCCGAGGACUUGCCCCGCCAGGACCUGCACCCGCGGAGGCUGCUGGCGGCACCUGGUGCUGGGACAGGAGGUGCCAAGGGCGCCGGGCGAGGCCAGGGCGUGCACCGGUGCAGGAGGGUGUGCCUGGGACGUGGGAGCUGCGUGGCGCCCGUGAUAUUUCCCACGUCCUUGACGCAGGACAAAGCACACUUCAGAUUUAGUCACAGAGGAGAGUCCGGGGAACACCGGGAACUCAACCCCACGCCUGGCCAGCCCUGCACCACCAAGGUGGGAGGGAGUGGCCAGCCGGCUCCAAGUUCAUGGCCGGUCAGUGUCUCCUCUCCUGGCACAGCUGCCAGUGUGAGACCCUGGCAGUGCUUUCCUCACAGGCUGUAGGACUCCAUUUUUAAGCCCCUUUUCUAAACUCCACUCCUCCCUGUGUCCUUCCUGAACUCAGCACUCCUGGUAGAAGCCAGUUUCUUUUGCCGCCUCAGGCUUCACCUCAAACCUGAAAACGCACAGCAUCUGGUUCAGGCGUAAGAAGAGUUUGGCCGAGUAUCUGAUCUGCUAGCCGCUCCCUUGUUAAGCUGUAAAUAAUUCUCGGGUCCUGUCGUGGCCCCACAUCCACUGAAUAAAGUUGUCCCCCAGGAGACUGAGUUCUGUCAGUCAAGCGUGCCGAAUCCAAGGGCGCCCCGCCCACACAGCCCUAAAUCCGGUCUCUACAUGUCUCUACAUACACAGGUAUGUUCACAUGUCUGUAAAUACGUACAUAUAUUCAUAUGCACUGUGUGUGCAAUGAGCCAUCUAUGCAGGCAACAGUAAAGUAACUUUUUUCUCAGAUUGUUGCAUUUAAAGCUUUUUUUGAGGGGAGAAAUUAUGAAAACCAGGCUGUGUAUAUUGGACAUCAAAACAUUUCCACUGAGAGUCAAAAUAAGAAAAAUGAAUGUGUGUUUGCAAGCUCCACUGACGGGGCCUGCCCUCCGUGUACACCACCUGCCUUUGGAGCCCCGUGAGAUGCAGGUCCCUAACAAACUGAGGUCUGAACAGCACCGGCCUCGUGGCCGCCGGCAGGCGCGCACCCAGGAGGCCCAUCAGGCCUGCUGCCUGCACCCUGCAGCCGCCUGUGGGCACCGGUGCCAGCGGUGGCUUUCUCGGGAACGUGUGGGAGCCGGCCCUGGGACAGACGGCCACGGAAGAAGACGGGCUUCCUUCAGGAGAGGGGUGCUGCCCAGGACCCAGUCCAGGCACAUCCCGGCAGAGUUCUGGGCACGUGCGAGACGUCCGACCGUCUUUCCGUGUUUGUGUCGGGUCUGUUCUCUGAGCACUUCUCUCUGAAGACUGAGCCACCGGCCGGGCCUCCCAGGGAGGCUGCUGCGGACACCCACGCACAGGCCCUGCCGGUCACAGCCAUGAGGGCUCUGCAGGCUGGUCCCUGCACACGGGCCUGCAGGGACCUGUCAGUGAGGACUGGCCAAGGCCAGCAGCUGUCCCCAAAGUGGCACUGGCCCUCGUGACCACAGGCCUCCCCAUUCCUACCUCCUGCGUCUUUUCUGAAGGUGUUAGGCCUGGGGGUACAGGUUCCUUGAGGAGACUCAGCCAAGUCCGGUCAUUACUUGGUUCUACAUAUUUAGAUAAAAUAUUUUAAAAUUAUAAAAUUA